ACUUAAGUCACAACAGUCACUUUGUUCUUCCCACUCCUCCACUUCAAACUUCAAACCUCCUCCUCCUCCACAAUGAGGCAAGCACCACCUCUCACCGCCGUGCUUGCCCUUCCUCUCUUCUUGUUACUUUUAUCCUCGACCGGCAGCCAUGCGCACAAUAUCACGACCAUACUCGCCAAAAAUCCUGAGUUCUCAACAUUCAACCACUAUCUCACCCUCACCCACCUUGCCUCUGAGAUCAACCGUCGUCUGACCAUCACUGUCCUUGCCGUGGACAAUGCCGCCAUGUCAUCCCUCCUCUCCAAGCACCUCUCUCUCUACACCAUUAAAAACGUGCUUUCCCUUCAUGUCCUCGUCGACUACUUUGGUUCUAAAAAACUCCACCAGAUCACAAAUGGUACAGCGUUGACUGCCACCAUGUACCAAGCUACCGGCGCUGCCCCGGGAUCCUCAGGGUACGUAAACAUCACCGACCUUAAAGGCGGCAAAGUUGGCUUUGGUGCCGCCGAUAAUGGCGGCACGCUUGAUGCUGUCUAUGUCAAGGCUGUGCACGAGAAACCGUACAAUAUCUCUGUCUUACAAAUCAGUCAGGUUUUAACAUCGGCUGAAGCUGAAGCGCCAACGCCGGGACCAAGCGAUUUGAAUUUAACGGCUAUCCUAUCCAAGCAAGGCUGCAAAGCCUUCGCCGACUUGCUGUUAUCCUCGGGAGCCGACAAGACAUUCCAAGAGAACGUCGACGGAGGAUUGACGGUAUUCUGCCCGACCGACACCGUCAUCAAAGGUUUCAUGCCGAAGUACAAGAACUUAACGGCGCCCCAGAAGGUGUCGUUGCUGUUAUAUCACGGCAUCCCCGUGUACCAGUCCAUGCAAAUGUUGAAGUCCAGCAACGGCGUCGUGAACACGCUGGCCACAGACGGAGCCAACAAGUACGACUUCACCGUGCAAAAUGACGGCGAGGAGGUGACGUUGAAGACGAAGGUUGUGACGGUGAAGAUAACGGGGACGGUGAAGGAUGAGGAGCCGUUAGUGGCGUAUAAGAUUGACAAGGUUUUGUUGCCUAGGGAGGUGUUUAAGGUGGCACCGACAGCGCCAGCACCGAAGGCUCCAAAGGCUAAGGCCAAGGGUAAGGCGGCUGACGCCCCUGCAGAGGCUGAUGCACCUGCGGAUGAUAUUGUGGGAGAUCAGACGGCUGAUAAUAAUGGGGCUGGAGGAUUGGAUGGUGGGAGAUUGGUGAUGGUGUUUUUGAGUUUUUGUAUAGGAGUUCUGGUGCUGUGAUUGGUGGGUACCAUACACCCUGGCGCCACACAAAAAGUUCCAUUGCCAUACAGCUCAAUUAAUUUCCAUGUGAGAGAUGAUUUUUUAUUUUAUUUUAUUGAUAGAACAAUUUACUUGUGGAGAAAAAAGAAAUAAAAAUCAUAUUUGCUUGGGCCAUUUAGUUCCAUCAUGAUUUGUCAUGAUGUGUGUGUCUGGUAUAGGUGCUAUUAAUUACUUGUCAUGUUCUAUAUGUAAUCUGUACAAUGUACACAUGAUUGCUUCCUAAUUGAGGUGCACAUUUUAUGUUGCUUGUUUUAAAUAUCAGUAUGAUAUAUUAGU